AAACGCGGCGACUCUUCAAAAUUGCAGCCGGAUAAUUGAUCGCCAUCGGAAUACGUGGCGCUCUCCCAUUCGCUAGCGUGCUGCGUUGGAAUCGUGACCGGUAUAGCUAAGAAUGGACGAUUUGGAUUCGUUCCAAGACAACAACUGGGACCUAGCCGAUUUCGAUUGUUUCGUCAACGACGUUUCUCCAAGCCCCGAUCUUUUCUGGGAUCAUCAAUCCAUUUCCCUGAGAUCUUCAGAAGUGGAUACUCCCCAUUAUGGUGCUACAUCUCAAGGAAAAGAAUGUUUAGAAUCAGAGUGCCAGAGAAAGAGGGGACGCAGUGAUUCAUGCAACAAACUAGGGAGCAAAGCUUGCCGUGAGAAACUAAGAAGGGAAAAGUUGAAUGACAGAUUUGCGGAGUUGUGCUCUGUUCUAGAACCUGAAAGGCCUGUACAAACAGACAAAAUGGCUAUACUUGGGGAUGCCAUUAGAGUUCUAAACCAGUUAAAGACAGAAUCUCAAGAGUAUGCAGAGAUGAAUGAAAAGCUUUUGGAAGAGAUCAAAACUUUAAAGGCCGAGAAGAAUGAACUUCGUGAAGAGAAACUGACACUGAAGGCAGAUAAAGAGAAAUUAGAGCAGCAGUUGCAAGCAAUGGCUGUACCGCCUGCUGGUUUUAUGCCACCCCAUCCCGCUGCAUAUCAGCCUGGGCCCAAUAAGAUUGCAGUUUACCCCAGUUAUGGUUAUCUUCCAAUGUGGCAUUAUCUACCUCCAUCUGCUCGUGAUACAUCUCAAGAUCAUGAGCUCAGGCCACCUGCUGCUUAAUUCUUAGGCUGAUUAUGUGCUCUAUUUGCCCUUGUUCUUGUAAAUAUUGGUAAUGCUUCCAAUAUCCGAGUUGGGCUUGUCUCUAACCCCGCUCUUUUCUUUGGGGUUUGUUUUUUUUUAUUUCUGGUGCAGGUACAUGUAUUUGGACACGAUUGUUUUAGAUGCAAGUGAAUUUAAUUUGCAGUAAUUUUGGUCUCAA